AUGUCUCCCAUCACCCGCCAACUCCCAACCCUCACCAAACCCACCUCCAUCCGGAGCUUCUCCAUCGCCGCCAGGAGGAUGGCCGGAGGCGACACCGGCGCCCCACGCUCCGGAGGUGCCGCCCAGAGCGACGCCUUCACCAAGCGCGAAAAGGCCAACGAGGACUUCUACGUCAAGGAGGAGGAGAAGAAGAAGCUCGAGGCGCUGAGGAAGAAGAUUGCCGAUGCCGAGUCGCAGUUGGCCAAGGAUAGGAAGGAGGCUGAGGAGAUUGUGGGGAAGAAGUUGCGAGUGAGCAUAGACUGGUUGAGGGAAUCGAAGCUGCAGCUCCAGUAUGCUUGA